UUAUUAAUCAGAGUGUAUUUCUUCGAUCGAUCGAAAAAAUGUAAUAAAGCAGCCCAGCAAUAAUAUGACAACUAAGAGCUGCAAGUUUCGUUAUAAAGGUCAAUAAAGACCAAGGGAGGUAGUUUUGUUCAUUGAGAGUAAUAUGAAACACUAUGAUAUACCCUCGUGAAACAUUUUUGAAUAAAACGUCACUAUUGAUUCAAUGGGUUGUAAUUUCAAACAACCAUUCAAUUGUGAUUUUUCUUAAAAGAAGAUCCGAGCAGAAAUAUGACUACACAUUUUGAGAGCACACUGGGAGAAAAGAGGAGGAGAUGCGGUUAGGGAGUAGGCUAAUCCCACCAGCGGGUAAGAAAAGGCAGUUUUAGAUGGCUCAUAUUCCACUCAAACUGUACUGCACCGCGACACCAGCUUCCAGCAGCGACGGAGCACCGAACCGGGCGCAGCCGCAGCAUCUGUACCAACACAUCACCGCUUCAGAGGAACUUCUCCUUUCUGCAAGACUAGAUGUGGAAGGAAGCCCACCGCCAGUGAGGAAAUAUUCUCAGCCGCACCACAUUUACGGGGAAUCGAUUCUGUGUCGACCGUGAGAUUCCACAAGUAAUGCGCGCAACUUUGUGGAUUGCCCUUUUUUUCUAUUCCUUUCUCAUUUCUGCCCAGUUGUGUUUCCUUAUUCAUGGUGCGCUCUGUGAACAGCAUUAACUAUCCCUCCCUCCAAUCCUUUUGAAAAGGCUCCGACAAAAAAAACAACACAGGGAGAUGAGAGCAGCAAAUCCCUUUUUUAUUCCCCUCGUAGCGCUCAAUAAGAGAAGAAUGUGUUGCCUAUCAGUCACCGAGGGGAUCAAGUCUUCGGGACUGUCCCACGCGUUCAAUGCGCCGCGCAGAGCAUCACUGAGAGAGACAGAGUGAAGAGAAGCGCAGCAGCAGCAGCAUCCUGUCUGGACACUUCACAUCAUUCAGCAACCUGUCUUCACUUAAGAUCCAUUUAAGUCAAUUAAGGGCAGCCUGCUCCCUUCACCUUUCAAGUCCUCUCACCGGACUGCGGCGUGGAACGAUGCGGAGCCUGGCGCUGCUGUUGGGGGUGAAGGCUGCCUGCAUCCUGCUGGUGUCGUCGCUCUCGGGCACGGGGGCCGUCAACAACAGCGGCCGGUGGUGGGGUAUUGUCAACGUGGCCUCCUCAUCCAACCUCCUCACCAAUUCCAAGAACGUGCAGUUGGUCCUGGACCCGAGCCUGGCCCUGCUGAGUCGUCGCCAGCGCCGGCUGAUUCGGCAGAACCCUGGCAUCUUGCACGCCAUCGCCGCUGGGUUGCACACUGCCAUAAAGGAGUGCAAGUGGCAGUUCCGCAACCGCCGCUGGAAUUGCCCGACCACCCACAGCCCAGCAGUUUUUGGGAAAAUUGUCAAUCGUGGUUGCAGAGAGACUGCCUUUGUAUUUGCCAUUGCCAGCGCAGGGGUGACCCACGCCGUGGCUCGCUCCUGCUCGGAAGGGGCCAUUGAGUCGUGCACGUGCGAUUACCGCCGCAGAGGACCCGGAGGACCAGACUGGCAUUGGGGGGGCUGCAGUGACAACGUAGACUUUGGAAGGGUGUUCAGCCGGGAGUUUGUGGACUCCAGCGAGAGGGGCAGAGAUCUGCGCUACCUCACUAACAUACACAAUAAUGAGGCUGGCAGAAUGACUGUGGCAUCAGAGAUGCGUCAGGAGUGCAAGUGCCAUGGCAUGUCAGGCUCCUGCACCGUGCGCACCUGUUGGAUGCGCCUGCCUAGCUUCCGCACGGUGGGAGACUUCCUCAAGGACCGGUUUGACGGUGCGUCCAGAGUUGUUUAUGCCAACAAGGGAAGCAACCGCGCCUCCCACCGAGCCGACCCCCGGCACUUGGAGCCUGAAAACCCGGCUCACAAGCCGCCCUCUGCCAAGGACCUGGUCUAUUUUGAGAAAUCACCAAACUUCUGUUCCUACAAUGGCAAAACUGGCACUUUGGGAACUUCUGGGAGAACAUGCAACAGCUCCUCUCCAGGCCUGGACGGAUGUGAGCUGCUCUGCUGUGGACGUGGGUUCAAGACCCGGACUGAGAGUGUGACUGAACGUUGCAACUGCACGUUCCACUGGUGCUGUCACGUCAGCUGCUUGAACUGCACCAGCACGCGGACGUCACACCAGUGCCUAUGAUGACAGGUGGACACCAAUGGAAUAUCGAUGCAUGUUUGAUUGGCUGAGAAAGCUGCUAGAACACAGGUGGCUUGAGAUGUUAGAAGCUAGAAAAGCUUCAUGGCGGGUAAACUGAUACAGGGAAUUCUCAAGAUGAAAGAAAAGAAAAAGUGGUGUGGGAGAAGGAGAAGGAGAAGGAGAAAAGCACACAUUUAUGAACAACAGGGUAUGCAGGAAGUAUUUGUGCAACUUUCCUUUGAUGCUUAACAGCAUUCAAAGGGUAUUGAAACACGCCAGUCAUCAAUAUUGAGUGGAAAUCAUCUAUAUCCCUCAAGUGUUUACACAUAGCAGUAGAAGUAAGGGGAGGAAAUGAUAUGGUGAUGAAUCAAUUGGUGUAACCAGGUACUACUAGAGCAUUCUUCUCCCCCACUGAGGGCAGAGACUGAGCAGUGUUUCACAGAUGUUUCCGUGGCCAGAGAGUCACAAACAAGGGCUCCCAUAAACAAGAGGGGAAGUUUUUGUUUUGUAAAUCGUUUUCUUCUGCUGAAGGUUGGAUUCUCUCACAUGAAGCUGUUUGACGUUUAUUUACAGGGAUGAGCUGUCUUUUCCCAACUUGUACAGUCCAACAAUAAUUUCAUCACACUACUUACCCGUUUUAUUUAAGUUCAAUUGGAGCUGGAUACACCUCAACCCCUGAUUUGCCACUAUGAUUUACCACAGGAGGGUCCUGAUGUUACAUGACGGGGCGGAUGCUCACUAAGGAAAGUAGAAACUUACCAAGCAAAUCUGACUGAGGAAAUGUCAUUUGAAUGUAUUAUCAGCACACCGAAUAUAUAACUGCAUGACCAGAUCUGGGGGUCAAUUUCAAAGAAAAAAAUGAAAUGUAACCUGCAGAAUCUCGCCAUGCUCUCAAAAUGAAAACUAAAGCCAUUCUGAGAAGACAAGUAAAAAAACGCAAAAUACAUGUUAACUUGUGAAUACACAAGUGUUGCAUUAAAGUGGUCCAGCUUUAAAGUAGGCAUUAAUGCGUAUAAGCAGAUCAACUAUUUCUUUGAACAAAACAGCCUCUGCUAUCAGAGAUAAUUCUCUACAUUAGCUAUCAGAACCAAAAUAAUGUAAAUAUUAAAGUAUAUGAAUAUAUUUAAAAUGACGUAAUUUGUACGUUUUUGGGAUGAUUCAUUAGUUUCAAAUCAGGAGAUGUUUUAGAGAUUAUGCCUUUUUUCUAUUUUGCUGUAAUAUAGCUCACACUCACACAAAACUGAGUUAAUAGUAACAAAACAUUAUAACGUCUUUGCUUGUUUCCUGUUAAAACACUUGUGUUCAUGCACUGAAUAUUUACCUUUUGUAUUAGUGUAAAUAUAACAUAUUUAUUUUGAAGGAUUUUUAUACUGUUAUAGUGAAAUGUAUGAAGACUUUUUUUUUAGAUUUUAAUCAAAAGAUUUAGGCUCCUGUUGGUUUUGUAUUGUAUGAUAGAACAAUAAAGUCUAUAUUUUCAA